AUGGCCCGCACGCGAUCUGCACGCAUUCACUCGCCCGCUUCAGUGCUCGACCCACCUCCCGCCACGGCCACGGAGCCCACCGCCGCCGACCCCGCUCCGCCCAGCGCGACGUCACCAUCUCCCCCUCCCGCGCCUCUCCCCACCCCCAAGCGCAAGAAGCGGCCAGUCGAGCCCAAGGCCGAGCGCAUCGGCACCCGCAAGAAGCUGCGCCUCUCGGCCAUCGAGGUCGGCGGCGACCGCGACCGCGGCGAGGUCGGCUCGGAGGCGGUGCAGCAGCGAGGCGGGGGUCGGGCAGCCCAGGACGGGCAGGACGACGAGGCGGAACGGCUCAGCAGAGUCGGCAAGAAGGUCACGCUCGGCGAUGGGCAGCAGGACUACACUAUCACCUGUCCACUUCCCUGGCGCGACAGCAAGACGCGCGAGUUCCACUUUGACGACUACCCCGACUUCCGGCCAAACAUGUCGCCCGAGGAGAUCAUUCGCCAGGGCUCCUUCGACGGCGGCUUCUUCAGACCGGUCAAGAGCCAGAAAUCCGGCCGUGAGCUGCACGAGGACUGGUCCGACUUUCCCAAAGAAUGGUACGACGGGCUCGACGUCUCGCUCUACCUCACGCGCCCCGAUCCAGGCGACACGUCGGUCAACAAGUGGCAAGCGCGUAUGGGCCAGCCGUUCGAGGUGUGGGAGAAGAACGGGUGGAUCCGGCCUGAGCACGAUGCGCGAGGCUGGUUCUCGUGGUACUACCGCUUCUAUCUCGGGCGCCGGUGCGACGACGAUGCGCGGCAGGUGCAGCGGUGGGCGGGCGUCGCGGGCAACUCGGGCCGGUUCAAGCGCAUGCUGUUGGGCAAGUACCGGGACCGGGGCGUCCACUUUGUCGAGCCCGACGAGGAGCUCGUCUCGCCCGGAAUCCGGCAGACGCUCAAUCACUGGGCCUACGACCCGACGACGGCGCACCUCAACCGGUUCCGCGAGGAGAAGGGCGACCGCGUCGCCAACGACGACGCCGACGAGUAGAGCUCUCCUUCUCUUGCUUUACUCUCCUCGCACACGCCCGACCUGCAAUAGAGACACGUCUAGAUACAGC